CACCUUCCAACCAAUCACAGGCUUUGGAGGGCUUCUCGAAGCUCACAACACGGAAGUGCGGAAAACUGAAUCCACAUCGCCAUUACGGACUUGUUUGUUCGAGUUGUGGAGUUAGAAAACUGUCGCCAAACCUGUUGGGAUAUUUACAAGAGAGAAUCACACCUUUUUUUUUCAUGCGUCGUCGGUGCUUUUUCUCAUGGAGGUCACACCGAAGAACGUCACAUUCGAGUCCGUGUGUAGUUCACAGUCCGUGUCGCAAACCAGCCCUCAUGACCCCGCGGAGACGCCGCACCAGAAGCUCAGCGCCUCCCUCAAGGAGCGUCUGAAGAGGUCACGGCGCUCCUUCACCUCGCCCUUCCGCGUGGCCAAGCGCCUUUGCGUGGACGAGGAAGACGGCCAAGCGCUCGCAACAGAUUCCCAGACGACGUGUAACAACACAAACGCUCCACUGGUCAGCUCGCCCGCUGACGUCAAGGCGCAGGAAGCCAGGCCGAGGGGCGGAAGGUUCUCCGGGAUGAGUCCUGGGCCUUCUGAAGACUUGGCACAACAAAGGGAGCGACUCGGCCGGGAGGUGAAGGACAAGACGGAGACGUUGCGUCGGCUUAAGAUGGUGAAGAUGUACAGAAGCAAGAACGACCUGGGCCAGCUCCAGACCUUGGUGGACAAGUGGCGGAGCUGUGCCCAGGAGGUGCUCUACCAGCUCCAGUCGGACGUCCCGGUGGACGGACGCAAGGCCAGCCUCUCCGAGCUCAUCCACCUCUUCGGACUGGAUGAGAACAUUCUGCACUUUGACCGCACGCAAGAUGACUUCCUGAACACCAUCUCAAAACACACACAUUAGAUGGACAAAGAAACCUCUAAAGUCCAGAUUGGGCACUACCAAUUGUUCAUUUUUUCAAACAAAAAGGAAAUAAGGGCAAUAGAAACUUGUCACAGGGUGUAAAAGUCCCUAUUAAGACCAGACAUACAAGUGUAAAAAUAAGUGAAGCAAUACUAUUUUUUCAAAAGCCUUUUGAAAUAAAUAUCAAGUUUUGGAGUGCAGAGGUGGAUUUUCCCGAAAUAUGUUAAAAUAUCCAACUUUAGAGGUUUCUCUGCAUGGUUAAAUUCCAAAUGAUUCUAGAGGGAAAAAGGUUUAAAUAUAUUGAACUCUUUAUUUGUUGCAGCUACUCCAUUUCCACCAUUUGUUCACUUUUUGAAACAAAAAGGAAAUAAGGGCAAUAGAAACUUGUCACAGGGUGUAAAGGUCCCUAUUAAAACCAGACAUACAAGUGUAAAAAUAAGUGAAGCAAUACUAUUUUUUCAAAGGCCUUUUGUAAUAAAUAUCAAGUUUUGUGAGAUGGAUUUUCCCGAAAUAUGUUAAAAUAUCCAACUUUAGAGGUUUCUCUGCAUGGUUAAAUUCCAAAUGAUUCUAGAGGGAAAAAGGUUUAAAUAUAUUGAAGUCUUUAUUUGUUGCAGCUAGUCCAUUUCCACCAUUUGUUCACUUUUUGAAACAAAAAGGAAAUAAGGGCAAUAGAAACUUGUCACAGGGUGUAAAGGUCCCUAUUAAGACCAGACAUACAAGUGUAAAAAUAAGUGAAGCAAUACUAUUUUUUCAGAGGCUAGUCCUUUUGUAAUAAAUAUCAAGUUUUGUGAGUUUAGAGGUGUUUUUUCCCGAAAUAUGUUCAAAUUUCCAAUUCAACUUUAGAGUUUUCUCUGCAUGGUUACAUUCCAAAUGAUUCUAGAGGGAACUUUUU